GACGUCAAAGUAAAAUAAAAACAAACACAGUAUCCGUAUGCAGCUUAUGAAUGAAUGUGUAGUGAAAACAAUAAGUUAUGAAAUACAAACCGGUGAAUCCGAUUUCGAACUUAAAAUACUAGUACAAUAUGUUGGCAAUAUUCAAGCAGAAGGCUCCCAUCGGUUUGCGGUAUUUAGUUGUAGUGACUCGCACUAGCAGUCGGCACUUUGCACAGCAAAAACGUAUUCGUGUUCCACCCCCGCUGAGAUCUAGUGAUACCGGCAAUCAAACGAUUUCACCAUUCGGAUGGGUGCUAUUGGCCAUCCCGGCAACCACCUUUGGUUUAGGGUGCUGGCAGGUUCAUCGCAAGCAAUGGAAGGAAGAGUUAAUUCGAAAUCUUGAAACGCGCGUUCGAAUGGAACCUGUGCCUCUGCCUGAUAAUUUGUUAGAGCUAAAUAACAUGGAAUAUCAGAAAGUCACAGUUCGAGGAGAAUUUUUGCAUGAUCAGGAGCUACAUUUAGGACCCCGUGCUCUAAUUCAGGAUGGUGAUUCAAAAACCACUGGUGGUUUGUUUUCCCAGAAAGAAGGAUCGAUCGGCUAUUGGGUAAUUACUCCUUUUAAACUGGAAGGAAGAGAUGACAAAAUUCUUAUCAAUCGCGGCUGGGUGCCGAAGAAGCAGUUAGAUCCAUCCACUAGAUCUGGUGGACAAACAACCGGAACUGUGGAGCUUCAAGCCGUCGUACGUUUGCCUGAGAAUCGACCUCAAUUCACACCUCAGCAACGUGGGGCAAUAUUUUUAUAUCGAGACGUACCGAAGAUGGCACAGAUUCGAGACACGGAACCGUAUUUUUUGGAUGCAACAUCGUCCGCAACCGUUCCUAAUGGGCCGAUAGGUGGACAAACACGGGUAGCACUGCGCAACGAACAUUUAUCCUAUAUCGUGACAUGGUUUAGUUUAUCUGGAUUUACUGCGUGGCUUUGGUUCCGACAAAUAGUACGUAGAAAGGGGUUCUGAUCGAACAGUCAUCUUGACUGAUAGUUUACACCUAGAACGGCCUACAAUCCAGAAGUUGUUGAAUGUGAAACAUGUUGUCCUUAAGGUGAAAUAAAUUCUGUUUCUGUUAA